AUUGUCUUUUCUUUUUUUCUCGCCGUGUUUUCUUUUAUUAAAAAAAUACAAAAAUUUUUCCGUGUAUUUUUCUAUCGCGUUUUAUCGGAAACACUCAAGAAACUUUCAACUGGAAGGAGAAUCUCGAAAAAGCUGUGGAAACACUCGCCACCGGCUGCUCGUGUUCGGACAGCAUUUCUUGUUCUCCUAAACUCCCAUUCGUGUUUCUGUAAUUCGAUAGUAGAAACACGGAAAACGCUUUCUAUUUCUAAUUUAUAUGAAGAAGAAUAGUUGGCGUAACUUGGCUUAACUAACGUAAAGUAAGAUACUAUUACAAGUUACGUGCCCGGGGAACAGUGCUGCCUGGAUCUCUGCGCGCAAAUUUGUUGAUAAUAACGACUAAUAAUUGUUCCGCACCAGCCUGAAAGAAAACAAUAUUUUUAACCGUCAGGUUUUGUUUGUUUCAGUGAGUUUGCUGAUUUAUUUGACCUUUCUGACCCGUGACGUGAGGUUGAUAGGCACUGAAAUCUUCGGAACCACCCAGUAUGCAAAAAUCACUAAUCAUUCGACCGUUGCGUGUGACAAUAUUUGUUGCGUCGACCCUGCUACUAUACACAGUCAAAUUGGGAAAUCAUAGCGCCAAACUAGGUAUUUAUCAUUGUGUUUUUAUUCCACAUUCUAACAAGGUGCAGGUCAAGGUAUAAUCUGAGAAAAAAAUUGGCUAGGCAUACUUAUGCGACAAUAACCCCCAGGGAAUAACCCUUCCACUCGCGAAGACAACCUUGGGUCAGUCAACUAAACGAUGUCAUAACUUUUAAGCUUAGCCGUGCACGAAGCUUCGUGUUGAACAGCGAAAAGCAUCUAACAAAACGAAACGAAUUUAAACCGAACUCUUCCAAAACUGUGGGGAUGCAAAUUAAGUCGUAAGUAGUUUAAGAAUGUUGACAGCCACUCAUCGGAAGGAUCGAUCGACUCCUCGCGCUCGGCUAAUGUCACAUUUUUGCUCAGGUUGUUUUGGUAUAUUGUUUACAGAAUGCACAUCACGAGAAUUACGAUCUUGGUUGUGAUGCUGUUCGUAUCGGUGGAAAGAUCUUCACCUUCACCUGUGAAGGUUAACAAAACCAAAGUCCUCAUCCUUGGCGCUGGACUCGCGGGAAUCAAAUCAGCAAAAACACUGAUGGACAAAGGCAUCACUGAUUUUCUGAUCCUUGAUGGAAAGAAUUACACUGGAGGCAGAAUACAUGCUGCGCCAUUCGUGGGUUUGAAUAUCGAGGCAGGAGCGAACUGGAUUCAUUUCACAGAUGAAGAGGACACGGCGCCACUUGUGAAUCUGAAAGAUGCCAAAAAGAUGAAUGGCAUUCGUAGUAAUUUCUCCGACUUUGUUGUGAGGGACGAAGAAGGCAAUGAUAUCACUGAUUUAUCAGUUUCCAAGGAAUAUCAUGACAAAGUAGAAGGACGUGUUGAACAAUACGUGGAGGCAAGGAAGGAAAAAGGAUCUCCAGAUAUUCCAGCUCGUGUUGGUCUUCAGUUGAUGGGGUGGAAAGCCGGAACGCGACCCAUCAGAAAAGUAGUUGAGUACUUCAACUUUGAUUUCGAGAUCGCAAAGCGCCCAGGACUGGUGUCUUUUUACCAGAUGUUUGAACGUGGAGAGGAUUUUUUUGUCAGCGACCAGCGAGGGCUUUGGUUCAUGUAUGAAGAUCUCUACAAACCCUUGACCAACCGAGUUUUAUUGAACAAAACCGUGACAGAAAUCAAGUAUUCUGACACAUCAGUUGAAGUUACCACAUCCAAUGGCGACAAAUUUGCCGCAGAUUACGCCCUGUGUACAUUCAGUACUGGAGUGCUGGCUAGCGACAUGGUGACUUUUAACCCACCCCUCCCUGAAUGGAAAAAGGAAGUGAUCUUUAAAAACCCAAUGUCGGUUUACACGAAAAUCUUCCUGAAAUUUCCAAACAAGUUCUGGGACGAUCACGAAUAUAUUCUGUAUGCCUCUAAAGAGCGAGGUCGUUUUCCCGUGUUCCAAGACUUGGAAAGACCAGGCAUUUUACCAAAUGGCAGCAGCCUUUUAUUGGUCACCGUGACGGAGGACGAAGGGAGAAGGAUUGAACGACAAGCAUACAAUGAAACCAAGGCAGAGGUCAUGAAAAUGUUGAGAUCCAUUUACGGACAGAGCAUUCCUGAUGCAACAGGUAAGGAUAACUAGCUUACCGGCAGCUUAAUUGACAUUGAGUAACAAGAACCAGUUUUAUUUGCUCGCUCUUGAGAGUAGUUACGCUUAAAUUAGCAAAAUACAAUUAAAUGGAGCAAGGAACAACAGGGGCACAGCAAUUAGGUUCUGCUUUUCGUAAGAGAGGUAUACUCUCCGAAGUAGAAUUGAGUACAGGUUUUUGAUCGGAUCGCAGGCUCAAACCAGGUUAACUUAGUCUAAUCAGGAGCUCCGCUUUUAGGCUUGGCUAGAUCUAUAUAUGAUCUUCGACGGAAAUAGGUCAUCUACCACGAUAUGUGUCCCAGUGUAAUCUCUGACAAAUUUAAUUUCGGUGGUAAAUUCUUCAUCUAACGACUUACUACUUCUGCCAUGUAUUUGUGUUGUUCUUGAUAGAGCGGUUUUCACUUGAGUGUUGAAAGUAAUUU